AUGCUUAUUAUGGAUUCUGAGGAAGCUGGUUCAAAGAAGGAAAGAAAUGAGGAAUAUUCCAUAAACCGUCUCCCGAGAGAGCUCAUCGAGCGGAUAUUUUUUUGGCUUCCGGUGAGCACUUUAUUGGUGUGUAUUGGUGUUUGUACGUGCUGGAAAAACUUGAUCCGGGAUCCCAAUUUUGUCACAUCACACCUGAAGCAUGCAUCCCAUUAUUCCCUCAUAUUCUUCCAACAAGAUUAUGUUGCAGGAAAACAUUACCCGAGUGAUGCUAUUCUAAUUGAUAAAGCUUGGUCACAAUCAACAUAUGCAGUGCCAACCAUUGACCCUGAUGAUUUACUCUGUGGUUCAUGUAAUGGGAUUAUUUGCUUAUACACCAAGACAUCGACAAUCAAGAUAGCUAACCUUGCAACCGGCGAAUGUUUGCAUCUUGAGAAACCUAUAAAGAAUUUCAGUGGCGACCAAUUCUUGUUCUAUAGUUUUGGGUUUCACCCAUUGACAAGAGAAUACAAAAUUACACACUUGGGUGACUAUGUUGAGGGCCGCCCCAAGAAUGGAGACAAAUUCACCAUCAUUCAAGUUUACAGGCUUGGUGAUGAGAAAUGGAAAGACAUCAGAACCCCAGAAGCCUUAAGCUUGAGUUGCGUCAAAAACUCUGGACUAAUCAAUGUUGGUGGAACAAUGUACUGGUUAACUAAUGAUAUGGCAACUAACUGGAAGCAUGUUGUUAUGUGCUUUGAUCUCGGUGAAGAAGCUUUUGCACGGAUAGAACUGCCAACAUCAGUACUUGAAAAUAGUGUUUAUGGUGGUCCCCGUAGGUACUGGAUCAGAGAGAUAGAGGGGAAAAUAUGUAUAGCAACUGCUCAAACCUGGCACAAAGUUAUUUAUGGUAAGCUGCAGAUCUGGACACUAGACAACAAGGUCGAGCAAAGUUGGAGCCAGAAGUACAAUAUUCUUACAGCAGGUUACAUCGCGGGUCCAAAUUUAUCUUAUGGGGAUAAGUUAUUGAUGCAAAGAAAUGAUAGUAGGCUAUUUUCUCAUGAUUUGCAUGGGAAUGAAGGGAAUAUCAAGCCUAUGAUAUUAAACAUGAUGAGGUUUUCAGGCUUUAGCCUAGUUUUAGAUUUUAGCCCUCGCAAGCCAGACAAUAUGCAAUCCUACAUAUAUGUGGAGUCACUUGUACGCUUAGAUGUGUACAAAAAAGGCGGCAUUGUGCGUAAGCCAAAAAAGAGGGAAGUUUGGAAAUUUAAGAAGUGGAAGCCUUGCGAGGACGAGCUCUCUCAGCUAGAAGAGAUGUGGAGCCACAUUCAUCAAAAAGAGCAUGACAUAACUGUCUUUUCACAACGAUCUGGCAUACAACUCAAACAUCGUCUGCAAGGUAUAUCAAAUGACGUGAUUCGACAACAAAUAGGCCUGCAAAUUGAUCAAAUCGUUCCAGUCUUUCCAAAUAAGUAUCCAAGAUCCUCCCAACGACUUAAUUUGGUGGGGGAAAAGCGGGACAGAGAAAAGUUACUUGCUCGUAUGAGGAAGUAUGGAGAUAUUUGCAAGGCUAUGAAUAAGGAAAUUGGGUGGAUCGCUCGUAUGACGGAGAUUGCUACACAAUAUAAGGUGGGUCCUUCGAGUUCAAAUGAUGCUAUUUCAUCCCAGAAUCACAGUGACGACAAGGAUACAGUUGAGUCUUGA